UACUCGCUACCAGAAUCCCAUUCUUGCAUGCUAUAUCAUCACUCAUCGUCUCUUCAAACCAGAAACAUUCUGUCUGCACAAGCUUCCAAAAAUUCAACACCAUCUCCAUGUGCACAUCUACCUAUCCAGUCUCCCCAAAAUUUACUUACGAAUUAAGAACAAUCAUCACACACUCACCGUGACCUCUUUUCCUUCACGUUCUCGCCAAACAAACAAACAUGAUGAAGAGCCAUACCCAGUUUCCAUUGGGCCUCGCGCUUUUCAGCGUUCUCUGCCUCGUCCAAACCAAAUCCAUCAUCGAACCAUGCGUCUCCUCAGACUCCUGCUUUUCCCUCCUCUCCUUCGUCCUACCCUGGGACUCCAAGCUAUCCGAAAUCGCCUCGCGCUUUCAGGUCAAUGUCUCCAACAUCCUCGCCGCCAACUCCGUCUUCCCGAUGUCACAGAAACUCGCCGAUCAGAUCAUCAGAUCCAAAUCCAUCGUGAAGAUCCCCAUCUCGUGCCCUUGUGUCGACGGAAUCCGGAGAUCUAUGUCCACAAUCUACAACGUGCAGGCAUCGGACACACUGGAGAACAUAUCGGAGGGAAUCGGCCGGCUGGUGAGCGCGGACCAGAUAGCGAGCGUGAACAGCAUCAAUGCGACGAAUCGUUUGACGAACGGAGGGAAGUUGGUGAUUCCGUUGCCGUGCACGUGCUUCAAUAACGUGAGGAAUGGCGAAACGACGGUGUAUAUGUCGUAUGCGGUGAGCGAGGGGGAGAGCUUGAGGAGUAUAGCGUCGGGUUCGAAAACGACAGUGUCGGAUUUGGAGGCAAUCAAUGGACUGAGUCAGGACGCGGUCGAACCGGGAGAUAUAAUAGCUAUUCCCAUUGCAGCUUGUUCAUCAGCAAGCCUGAAUUGGUACAACGAGAGUCUCAUCGUCCCAAAUGGCUCAUAUGCUCUUACUGCCACAGACUGCAUCAAAUGCUCUUGUGGCCCCAUCGAUCUCAGGCUGCAAUGUUAUCCAUCUGGUCUGGAAGCUCCCUGCUUCAAUUUACAGUGCAAAGAUUCCAAUCUUGUAAUUGGAGACCAACAUGUCACUUAUUUCAAAUCUGGCUGCAAUGUCACCCAGUGUGUCUAUCGUGGCCACAGAGGUGGUAAGAUUCUAAGAAGCGUGUCGGAAUCUUCUUAUCUGAGGUGCCCCGCGAAUCAGACUUACAAUGCAGCGUCGCCUUGGCCAUCAAUAAAUUUAGAUCCCGUAAUGCCGUUUGGGGCAUUUUCCCCAUCUCCGUCACCUAGUCCAGUUUCUGAUGCUUUAGUGCACGCCACUCAAGUUUCCAUCAUGUUGCUCCCACUGCUUCUUUGGAUAUUAAUCAACACGUGAAAUUUCAUUUAUUGUUGUCGGCUCUAGGUUUCCAGGAUAUUGUAUAUUUAUUAAUUAUUAAUGAGUCAUCACUAUCCAAAAGUA